AUGGACACCACCGAUGUCAGCGACCUCGACGCGCCCGCGUCCGCCCCUGACAACCGGCGCAAAUCCGGACGCGUCGUCAAGAAGCCCGAAGUCUUCGCGCCGCCCACCUCUAGCCAAGCCACGAAGCGGAAACGCGACUACGGCGCCGAGGACGAGGAUGUUGAUAUGGAGGACGACGCGUCCGACGAAGACGACGAGGACGAGGACGACAGUGAGCCGAGCGAAGAGGAGCGGAGGGAGCAGCGGAGGAACAAACGGAAGAGCGGAAGUCAGCGGAAACCGGCGGCGAAGAAGCCGAAGGCGAAUGGAGCGGGCGAGGUGAAUUUGGCGAUUCGGCCGGCAGUGCGGGCGGCGAAGGCGAAGAGGAGUAGAAGGCCGAGGCCGAGGGAGAGUGCGAUCGCUGUUGGGAAGGGGUUGUAUGGCGAUGUUUUCAGUGGCCGGAAGACGAUCGAGGAGGCGAUUACAUCGUGGCUUGCGGCAUUUCGCGACGGGGAAUCGGCGGCGGUUGCGGAUCUGUUUACCUUCACCCUGAAGUGUGCGGGAUGCGAUCAUAAUGUGGACGCGACGCUUGUAGAGGAUCCCGAUCACUUUACGGAGAAGCUUACGGAUAUCCAAGAUGAGUAUCAAUCGGUGAGACGCCCUCAAAAUGUCACAGAAUACCCCUUGAUUGCCCGCGGCAAAGGUGCCGUCUCAUUCAAGCAGACCAUGGUCGAGUUUUACGAAAUUCUCGUCAGAUCCAUAGCAGCCACAACCAUGUUCGACGACCCAGCGUUAAUGGAAAAUAUUAUGUCAUGGCUUGCGUCCAUGACCUCAGCCAGCAACAGGCCGUUCCGCCACACCGCGACCGUCGCCUCUCUAGCCAUAGUCAGCGCGUUAUGCGACGUCGGCAGUGAACUCGUUGCUACAAAAGCGCAAACUGUCCGACAACUCGAUGGUGAGAAGAAGAAGGGCAGGCCCAACAAGUCUAGAGUCGCGGACAUCGAGAAAAAGGUUGCGGACCAAACCCUGCAUCUUGAGACUUUAGACGAGAUCAUCAAGGGCUGGUUUGACACGGUGUUCGUCCAUCGUUACCGAGACAUCGACCCUCGAAUCCGCGUCGACUGCGUCCAAGCCCUCAGCUACUGGAUCUCGCAAUACCCCGACCUGUUCCUCGAAGGUCACUACCUCCGGUACCUCGGCUGGGUCCUCUCCGACACACAUGCACCCACCCGUCUCGAAGUCGUCCGAAAGCUGCGUGACCUGUUCAGUAAACCGGACCGCCUCGCGGGGCUCCGCUCCUUCAUCGAGCGGUUUCGGCAACGCAUGGUCGAGAUGGCGACGCAAGACGCCGACCCGGUGGUCCGUAGCGCGUCGGUGGAGCUGCUUGACACGCUACGGGAAAACGGGUCCAUCGAGCCGGACGAUAUCGAUGUGGUCGGCAAGUUGAUCUACGAUUCGGAAGCCCGGGUGCGGCAGGCAGUCGUGCCGUUCUUCGCGCAGAACGUCAUGGACAUCUAUGAGCUAAAAGUGGAAGACGUCGGCGGAGUGGAGUCAUUGCAGGAGAUACUCGAGGACUCCGAGCAUGCGGAGAAUCCUGAAGCUCCGACACUCGAGUGGCUGAAGAUUAAGAGUUUGGUGGAGCUGCUAGAGGCGUACGAUUCUGAUGAGACCGAACCAACGAACCACGAACGAGUUCCGGGAAGCGAUCGCUACCUGCUCAUCGCUUCGGGCGUCGAAUCUCGAUUUUCGAUGGCGGCAACCCUGCUCUGCGAAAAAUCUCGAGACUUGGCGGAGUUCCUAGAUUGGGAGUACCUCGCAGCGUAUCUGCUCUUCGAUCACUCAGCUCCCAUUGUGAAUGGCGUUGCGACCAACGAUAUUGCCGUGCGGUUCAAAGAUGCCGUCCGACUUUCCGACGCCGAAGAGCUCAUCGUUCUCGAGAUCUUGAAUGCGUCCGUCAAACUCUCUUUGACGGAGACGGCGCAAACCCUCGCUGACAAGAAGGUCAAGCGGACCAAAGCUCAGAAACAAGGGCUCAUCGACGAGCAAGAGGAGGCAUCGAAGAACCUAGCGAAACUCAUCCCUCGUCUACUGAACAAGUUUGGGGCCCAGCCGUCGACGGCAUCGGCAGUGCUGCGAUUGGAGCGAGCUCUGAAUCUGGAUAUCUUCCAAGCCCUUCGUGAAGAGUCCACCAUGCUUCCCGCCUUGCUAGAUGAUAUCAACAAACAAUUCCUAACGCAUGGCAAUGAGUCUGUCCUCGCGGAGGCAAGCAUGGCACUCUUACAUGCGAAGAGCUACGAAGACCUGGAGGAGAUCACUGCCGGCAAAUUACAAUCUCUGUGGGACGAUACCAUGUCUGCGCUGCACUUCUCAGCUCAAGCCGGGAAUCUCAUGACCCGCGGCAGUCUAAAGUCCAAUGCACUCCUAGCAUUAAGCAACACUGUCCUCCGCAUCGCCAACCUUUCCAGCAUCUCCGAUUGCACCGACCCCCUCGAAGCGUCCCCCACCACCUCCCACCGCACCAAAUCCAAAUCCAAAAGCCGUUCCUCUACCCAACCCUCCCCCCACUCUGACUCCAUCUCCCUCCUUACCACCCUCCUCCACCGCGGCGUUCCCGGCACCGGCAUCCCACCCGAGAUCAACACCGAAGAAGAUGCUCUCGUCCUGAACGCCACCAAGGCCCUCCUCUUCCACCUUCUCUGGAAAGUCAAGCACCUCGCCGCCCUCCUCUCCACCACCCCCCCAACUUCCAUCCCCGACGCCCACCUCGAUACCCUCGCCGCCCACCGCGACGCCUUCGUCAAAGCCCUCGCCACCGUCAUCCGCUCCCGUCCCGGCGCCGACGAAGUCCGCUGCGCCUGCGUCGGCGCCGUCUACGACCUCGCCUGCGCGUUCAGCACCCUCCGCCAAUUCAAAGGUCGCUUCGCGCAGCCCAACGGUGCCUCGUCCUCCGCCACCUCACCCCACGAGGAUUUCCUCGCGCUCGUCCUCAACGUCGACCCUGCGCUGCAGGAUCUCUCAAUCCAGGUGCUCGGCGCGGCGGAGCGGACCUACGCGCGGCGCAGCGGGCGGGCUCUCGAGACGGGCGACGACGAGGAGGAGGAGCCGGAGACGGUGGACGAAGAGCCUGAGUCAGAGGAGGAGAUCGACGAGGACGAGGACGCGGAGACAUCGGAGGAGAGGCGGCGGGAGCGGCUGCAGCGGACGCUGGUCGCGGAGCAGCGGCUGUGCGAGCUAGCGUCGAAGCUGGUGCUGGCGGUGGCGGCGGGGCUGGUCGGAAAACGGGUGGCGGAGCGGCUCGGGCGGAAUAAAGGGAGGUUGGGGGCGAAUUUUCGGGAGGUGGUGGGGUUUUUUGAGAAGCGGGCGGCAGGGGGGAAGAAAAAGGGGGCGACGGGGAAGGCGCAGCCGCAAAAGAAGGGGGGGAAGGGGAUGAAGAGUGCGGAGAGAGUGAUGGAGGUGGAGGAUGAUGAGAUUGAGGAGGAGGAGGAGGGGGUGGAGAAGAUGGUGGUGGAUGAGAUUGAGGAGGAGGACCGGGAGGAAGAUGAGGAUGUGAACGCUGGCGCGGAGGAGGAGCCGGAGAGCGUCCUCGGCGAUUAA